AUGCGGUAUUUGUCGCCGGCAUUGGGCGUGGUGGUUUUGGGCGCGGUGGGCGCUAUUUUCUUCUUCGCAAUGACACUUGGCCCAAAACCCUACUACUGGCCGACAGACGCCUCAUAUGGAGGUAGUCCACCCCUUGCAACUCGGGCAGGCUGGAUGGCCCUUGGACUGUUGCCAUUUGUGCUUGCCCUGAGCACAAAAGCCAAUAUGAUUUCAGCCUUGAUUGGUAUUCCGCAUGAGAAACUCCAAGUUUUCCACCAUUGGACCAGUUAUACGAUGUUCGUUUUAGCCUUGGUUCACACGUUUCCUUUUAUCAUCUAUGAUAUUGGAAAGGGGGAGAUGGUCAAGCAAUGGAAGACAAGCGUGGCCUACUGGACAGGCGUUGCUGCUCUUAUCUCGCAGGCAUAUCUGACCCUCAUGUCACUGCCCUUCAUUCGGAAUCGAUUUUAUGAAUUCUUCAAGGCCACCCAUAUCUUUGUGGCUGUGGUCUUUGUCGUAUUCUUCUUCAUUCACUGCGAUUUCCGACUUUCUUCCUGGGACUACUUCAUUGCUUCCGGUGCGAUUUAUAUGGCCAGCCUGAUUGCAGGACAUGCCCGAACCUACUUGAAGCACGGUCUCCACAACGCCAGUCUCGAGCUCUUGCCAUGUGGUCUCGUCAAAGUCUCCGUUCCAUCAACUAUGAAAUGGACACCUGGCCAACAUGUAUUCGUGCGAUUCCUGACUUCAGAUCUGCACUUACUCACUGCCCACCCAUUCACUAUCUCUUCCGCAUGUCGCACACCCAAUGAAUCCGGCAAACCCUCAGAACUUGUCUUCUACAUCAAGCCCCGUGGCGGAGUGACGGGACGCUUGAGAUCGAUGGCAGCAAAGAGUCCAGGCUGCACAAAGAAGAUCCUUAUAGAAGGUCCCUACGGCGGAGUCAGUGAACCUCACAUGGCCCAAUUCGACAGUAUUCUAGUCAUCGCGGGCGGCUCGGGAGGCGGGUUCUCCCUUGCCAUGGUAGACGAAGCACUCCGUCUCACGGGCAUGGCACCAUCAGCCAACGAGAAAGACAGAAGUCACAGCCGAAAUCUCCAAGUCGUAUUCUCAACUCGCGACCACACCAUGGCGGACUGGUACAUUGAAGAAAUCGAGUCUCGGAUUUCGCAAUCGACGAUGCUAUCAACAGACUCGGACAACCGUUUCGAAACUUCGGUUUCUGUCCACGUCACAGCUCAACGCAACUCUGGAUUUUCUUCAUCUUCGGAAUCUGACGAUGUCAACGGCACAGGUGGCAAGGUGCCUCCAACCGAGGUAACGACUACAGGAAGUUUCAGUCUGAACGUCCACCGUUAUGCACGACCCGAUCUGUCUGGCUCGGUUGCACGCACUGUAGCUAUGGCUCAUGUUCAAGGGACGCAUGUGCAGAAGAAACAACGUGUUGGGGUUUUGGUUUGUGGCCCUGCGUCAAUGCUGCAUGAUACCCGGAACGCAGCAGCUGUUGCGCAGGGCCGUGUGUUUGGUGGUGAGGUUGAGGAGUUGUAUUUGCACUCCGAGCCCUUUGUGUGGUAA